GCCCGCCCAUUCAUUCAUCCCUUCCUUGGCGGCACCGAGCCGCCCUGGGCCGCUUUGAGCGGGGCGGUGGGCCAGCCUCCUGGCGUGCAAUCUCCUCCCGGGGCUUCUCGGGUCAAACCGCUGUCCCUCCCCAACAGCCGCCGGCCGGCGGGCGGGUCCCCAGGCCGGCCCCACCCCGGUCUGCAGGAGUUCCCGCUCAGCCCCGUGCCAGCGACGCCUCCCGGGCUGGGAUUUGGACCCAUGCUGCUGCGCUGCCCGGUGGACAUGACUGUGUAGCUGACAUUCUGCAUCCCCGUUGUGUGUGGUGGGAGCCUCCUAGGGUACCCAGAUGGAGGAGCCCAUGGCGCUUUCUUCCCUGCCUGGCUGUGACAGGGGUCCCGCUGAUGACUCAUUGAAAAGAUAUGAGCAGAAUGCGAAACUUUCAGGCAUUAAAAAAGAUAUUGAGAAGCUUUGUGAAGCUGUACCACAGCUUGUCAGUGUGUUCAAAAUUAAGGACAAGAUCGGAGAAGGCACCUUUAGCUCUGUUUAUUUGGCCACAGCACAGUUGCAAGUAGGACUUGAAGAGAAAAUUGCGCUGAAACACUUAAUUCCAACAAGUCAUCCUAUAAGAAUCGCAGCAGAACUACAGUGUCUGACCGUUGCGGGGGGGCAGGACAACGUCAUGGGAGUUAAGUAUUGCUUCAGGAAAAAUGAUCAUGUGGUUAUUGCCAUGCCAUAUCUGGAACACGAGUCGUUUUUGGACAUUUUGAAUUCUCUUUCCUUUCAAGAAGUACGCGAGUAUAUGUUUAAUCUCUUCAUAGCUUUGAAACGGAUUCAUCAGUUUGGUAUUGUUCAUCGUGAUGUGAAGCCCAGCAACUUUUUAUAUAAUAGACGCCUGAAAAAGUAUGCCUUGGUGGACUUUGGUUUGGCCCAAGGAACCCAUGACACAAAAAUAGAGCUUCUCAAGUUUGUCCAGUCUGAGGCUCAGCAGGAAGGUUAUUCACAAAACAAGUACCAUGGAGUCACUGGACACAAGGGCUCACUGAGCCGCCCAGCACCUAAGAAUCUGGAUCAGCAGUGUGCCGCAAGAACUUCUGUCAAGAGACCCUACGUGAACGCACAGACUCACAUUAAGCAAGGGAAAGAUGGAAAGGAGGGAUCUGUAGGCCUUUCUGUCCAGCGCUCUGUUUUUGGAGAAAGAAAUUUCAAUAUACACAGCUCCAUUUCACAUGAGAGCCCUGCAGAGAAACUCCUAAAGCAAUCAAAGACUGUGGAUAUAACCUCAAGAAAGCUAGCAGCAAAAAAGGCAGCCAUUUCUACAAAAGCUGUGACUAGUGUGAUGAGGAAAAGUGCCAGUUCUUGCCCAGCUGUCCUGACCUGUGACUGUUACGGGACAGAUAAAGUCUGCAGCAUUUGCCUGUCGAGACGGCAGCAGGUUGCCCCUCGGGCAGGCACACCAGGAUUCAGAGCACCGGAGGUCCUGACCAAGUGUCCUAACCAGACCACAGCAAUUGACAUGUGGUCUGCAGGCGUCAUCCUCCUCUCCCUGCUCAGUGGGCGGUACCCAUUUUACAAGGCCAGUGAUGACUUAACUGCUUUGGCUCAAAUCAUGACAAUUCGGGGAUCCAGGGAAACCAUCCAGGCUGCUAAAGCUUUCGGCAAAUCAAUUUUGUGUAGCAAAGAAGUGCCAGCACAAGACUUGAGGAAACUCUGUGAGAGACUAAGGGGUCUAGACCCUAACACUCCCAAGUUAGCAGUCCGUCCACCAGGCUAUACUUCUCCAGAGAACACUGACCAUACGGCUUCUUACGUACAGACAUCUCCAGCACAGCACUCAGAGGAGUCCUUGAAUAAAGGGGACAGCGGUGGCUGCGGGAGUCGUCCCAGCGAGAGUACUACCAACUUGGAAGGCUGGGACACAGUGCCUGAUGAAGCCUACGACCUGCUUGAUAAACUCCUGGAUCUAAACCCAGCUUCUAGAAUAACAGCAGAAGCAGCCUUACUGCACCCGUUCUUUAAGGGCAUGCGCUCCUGAUGCUGGGGUCCGUUCUUGUCUGCCAUGUGUCGUAAGGUGGGGCAGCUAAGCGUGGCUUCCAGGGAAGGAUGAUAACUUAUCUUCAGUCACAGUGUUUGCUCUGGUGUCAAACUGUAAACAGAUUAAGAAUUAUUAAAUGUCCAGGGGAGUCCUUAACAUGAUCUCAGUUAAACACCAAGUAGAGGCAGAGCUUUAGUUCCCUGGUUUUCUCUGCUUCUGGAGCAGCCUUAGCCUGAUGUAUGGUUCAAGGAACAAGUCAUACGAUUCACAGACAUGACAGGGAGUGGAGCAGUGAAAAAGACUGUUUCUUUUCCACUGUGUGGUCUACGCUGGGUGUGCAUGGGACUGGCUCUUGGUGUGUGCAUGGGACUGGCUCUUGGUGUGUGCAUGGGGGACUGGCUCUUGGUGUGUGCAUGGGGACUGGCUCUUGGUGUGUGCAUGGGGACUGGCUCUUGGUGUGUGCAUGGGGGACUGGCUCUUGGUGUGUGCAUGGGACUGGCUCUUGGUGUAUGCAUGGGGACUGGCUCUUGGUGUAUGCAUGGGGACUGGCUCUUGGUGUGUGCAUGGGGACUGGCUCUUGGUGUGUGCAUGGGGACUGGCUCUUGGUGUGUGCAUGGGGACUGGCUCUUGGUGUGUGCAUGGGGACUGGCUCUUGGUGUGUGCAUGGGGACUGGCUCUUGGUGUGUGCAUGGGGACUGGCUCUUGGUGGUGUGUAGAGAGACAGUAGUUACUGCAGAGAUGUGGGGGAAAUGACACCACUUCAUAUAGUCAUUCUUGUAAGUUACACGGUGCUUACUGCAGAGUUUCUGGUGUUUAUUAAGAAUUACAUGUGUUUAUAUUGGGAGCCAAAUAAUGUGCAUAUUGUUGAUAAGGCAGAAAUGUUCUUUUUUCUUGUACGACCAUUCUUUUCUCACCAUCUUAGUUUAUUUAAUUAGGUAGCUGCCGCAAGGAAGGGUGAGCAUACACCUGGGAACCUGAGGGUUUUGUCUGCCAGGAGCAUCCAGAUGUCUGCAUUUCUGUUCAGAGUUGACCUUGCUCAGAGAGGAAUGGUUCCUGGAGUCUCGGGAGGAUUGGAAAGAAGAUAAUGAAGUAGACAAGAGUAAGGAAGGACUUGCACAGCGAUUGUGCAUUUUCACACUCACCUGCUCUGUGUCCGUGACAGCAUGCCAGGCUUCCCAGGGGGCGGGAGGGUAGACUUGCUGAGGAGUCCCCUUUGUAUAUUCACAGGUUCCAGGGAACUGGUCCUCACUCGGAAAAUUCACUUUCCUGUUUUGAACACUGAUAGAUCAGUGGUGUAUACGCAUUUUGUCUUAAGCUGUAUUUUUUUAAACUUGAAUGUC